AUGGCAUCCGAAAAGAGAAAGAGCAGGAAAGAAGCCAAAAAGGCAAAAAAGGCCAAGAAAGUGAAAGUUGAAUCAUCUGUCGACAAAGAACAGAAUAAGAAGAAGGAAACGGUGGAGGCAACAACGGACGACACCAAAACUGAAACCACUCCACAAAAUUUGAGCGACACUGAAAACAAGGAUGAAGACAAUGUGACAAAAAAUGAGGAAACCAAGUCAAAAUCCAAGGAUAAAAAGAAGAAAAAGAAGAGGGGAAAGAAAACAGAUGACACACAUCAAGAGGAUGCUGAAGCGACCAAUAACGAAGGCGAAUCGGUACAGGAUGACGAAAAGGAGAAUGAACAGGUAGCAGACUCCGAAGCAUCCAACAGCAAAGAGGGUGACAAAAAGGGAAGCAACAGUGAUGACGGAAAAGAGAGUGAUUCAGACGACGACGAUGAUGAUUCCGAUGACGACCUCCUGGCAGCCGCUGCCGCUUGGGCACAAAAGGAGGAGGAGGAGCGCGCCAAGGGAUCGUCAUUGGAGGGUGCACUUUCACCUUCAGCGGUCACCACAGUCCCAAAGUCUUUCUCAUUACAUAUUACGCAACUACCAUUUGAUGCCAACGACUGGGACGUUCGACAAGUAUUUGCCGGUUGUCAUAUUACCUCUGUUCGAUUGGUGUAUGACAAAGAUGAACAAGGCCGCAAGACCCUUUUUCGUGGUGUCGCCUUUGUAGACAUGUUGGACCAAGACUCUUAUGAUAAGGCACUCAAGUUGAAUAGAACAUCAGUACGGGGACGCAGAUUGAAUAUUCGACCGACGCGGUCCAAAGAAGAACUGGCUAAUAUCGUGACUCAGACCCAAGCGUUGGUGCAAGCCAAAAUUCAAGAACAACGAGACAAGAAGGAAGGAGGUGACAGUAGAGACGGAGUGAGAACAAACAGAGAUAGAAAUGACAAGACCAGCAACAAAGAAGGCAAGCAAAAACGCGUGGCCUCCAAGAAAAAAGAAAAGAAACAAGAAAAGAAAUCCAAAAAGAAGCCGACGAAUGCCAAGCACAAGACACCCAGUGACAGAAAGGAAGGCAAAGUUGGAUCAAAGACGGACAAGAACGAUGCCGACCGAAAGCUUUCCAAGAAAGAGCGAAAUCGGAGGGCUGCCAUCAUUAUGAGUAUGCGAAGAAAAGGUAGAAAAUGA